ACUCGAGACGGGAGCGCGCAUGCGUCCUUGGCGGAGGUUGUGCGGGGUCGUGCGCGGUGUAGGCCGCGUUGCCAUGGUGCGGCCCGCGAUGGCGGGCGGCGCGGCCCGGUAACGCGGUGUGUGCUCGGCUCCACAGCGCGGCCAUGAGGGACUGCUGGCUGCUGGCCAUGGAGGAGCGAGGCCUACGGGUGCUGCUGCCCCACAUGGCCGACGUGGUGCUGGGCCGCGGGCCGCUCACAGGCAUCACCGACAGGAGGUGCUCGCGGCGGCAAGUUGUGUUGAAAGCAGACUGUAACGAGGGAUAUGUUACUGUUAAGCAGAUAGGAGUCAACACAACUAGUGUUGACUUAGUGGAUGUUGGCAAGGGUGAAGAGGUGAAAAUGAGGCCAGGCCAAGUUCUGCAUAUGGUGAACAGACGUUACCCCUUUGUGGUGGAAUUUAGUGAAUUUAGUGAAGAAUCAGAGGAAACUGUUACGGAAGAAGAAGAGAAAACACAAACUGAAAAGAGGCCAUUUGAGGAGUCCUGUGUGGAUGAUACAGAAAAUGUUCCCAGAAAGGCAAAGAAGAUGAUGGUGAUGGAUACACUAAGCAGUUUUUCAGACUUCAGGCCAAGCAAGAGUAGCACACCUCUAUUUGAAGAGUCAACGAGCGGAAAGGUGCUGUCUGUGGGGAACUUCUCAGGUGAACCUGUGUCCCAGGAGUGUUCAGAACAUGAGUUGUCACAUACAAAGGAACAUUUGGGGCACUGGAGUCAAGGUUUAAAGAGUGCCAUGCAAGAUCCAAAAGAGCAGGUUUAUAAGGAUGAGAAGACUGUAGUCAUCAAGGAUAAAUAUCCCAAAGCACGUUACCACUGGCUUAUUUUACCGUGGGACUCCAUUUCUAGCCUCAAAUCAGUCACCAGAGAGCAUCUUGAGCUCCUGGAACAUAUGCACUCAGUUGGGCAAAAAAUGAUUGAACAGUGCCCUGCCAAAGGAAGCCUGGAGUUCCGGCUGGGUUACCACGCCAUUCCCAGCAUGAGUCAACUGCAUUUGCACGUAAUCAGCCAAGAUUUUGAUUCCCCUGCUCUGAAAACCAAAAAGCAUUGGAACUCCUUUACCACAGAAUACUUCCUCAACUCCAAAGUGAUGAAGAUUCAGCCAGAGGACUGCGCUGUUCUGAGGUCAGUGCCUUCCCUGUGUCCCAGUGCUGACAAGAAGAAAUACACUGUCGUGUUAGAAGCCUUUUACAUGCCUGCCAUACACCUUGCAUACCACAACCACACAUCCCUGAACACUAUAGAAAAACCUCAGCUCUUGCAGUUGGCAGCAGCCGUGGUGCUUUGUGUGUGGUUCCCAUCCACGAAGCAGCACUGGGAGAGCAGACGAUGCUGCCUUGGACAUCACACAUUAUCUCAGUUACUAUGUGAGUCUGGAAACACGUUCACAGAAUACCAUCUCACUGUAGUGUUGGGUUCUGUGCACACAUUGUGCUGUAAGAUCUCUGGAUCUUAUGAGGGUGUUACAUUUGCUUCUUAAGGAAGACCACAUGGAUUACCAGCUGCUAGAUGGCCAUCUCAUCACUGUAGGAAAGGAGAGAUUCCUGUGUGCUGGAGCACUUCUCAAACCAUUCUUAUUUGAUCCACAGCAGACAAGGUCUUUGCAGCUGGCACUCGGCUGUCUCAAAAACUGGUAAGGGCAUCCUCAGAAACACAGGUGGGAAUACCUGCUGCCUGGGGGGCAGUGCUGUGAUGGAGGGUUGUCCUGACUGCUUCAAGAGCAAACUGAACAGGAUGUGCCAGAGGGGCAGCAUCAGUGUACUUCUCAAAGGGUAAAACAGAAACAUCAGUGGGGAAAUGCAGGGGAGGGAAACUCCUGGCUGCUGCUGAAGCAGGAGCUGAAGUUCAGUCAUGGUAAGGGUGCUGGCUCCAGCUGUUACCCCUUUGUCUAAGCUCACUCAGGACAGGUAAGGUAGAGAGAAACAAGAAGGGAUCUUAGAGAUGAAGCAGUCUUCCUCCCAGAUGGCAGAUCUGAAUUGAUUUUAUCUUGACAGGAGAACGUCUCUGAAACCAGAGGGCCUCCAGCUUUGACCACCAGCACAACAAAAAAAUAAUGGUGAUGUAGCUAAAUCAGGAUGAACGGCUUAAAAUAUGGCCUGCCUUCAUCAUCCAUGGGAGGAGGUGACAGCAGUGAACAGAACCCAUUGAGCAGUGGGGGAUUUGCUUCAUCCAGAAGGGAGGGAACAGUAGUGGCAGAAGCUGGACUUAGAGCCACACAGCCUCACAAACCAACCAUGGGUCAAAGUUACAUCAGUCAGAAGGAUCAUUCACUUGCAUGGCCACAAGAGCAGUAUAGCAGGAAUACCAGGACAACAAUGUUUUAAUAAAGGUGUAAUAAAAGUACAUGAAAAGUAA